AUGAAUGUCAUCCUCAUACGUCCAUCCACCAAGUUCGCUGCUCGUUCGCUCGCUCGACGCCCACUCACAUCCUCUAAUAGUAGUAUGACCAUCAUCUCAAAUGAUCCCAGUUGGUGGCCGCUCAUCAAUUCACAUAUUUUUUCGAGCUAUUUGGUGGUUGCUGCCUCGACUGGCGUAAUAUACGAUUGGAUACUUGCAUUCGGACAAGAGGUUGAAUUGAUUUGGAAGCAACACUGGUCCCUCACGACUGUCCUGUAUCUCGCUGUGCGCUACGUCGGAAUAAUGUAUGCUAUUAUGAACAUACAGUAUGUGCCAGGCCUUUACAUGUACUUCGCGGUAUAUUGGACGACAUUGGUCCUAAUUGCAAUACUUGGUGUCAUCAUGAUUGCUCGGUUAUAUGCCAUGUAUCAACGAUCCAGAAAGGUUCUGGUACUUCUCGUUGUUGUCUUCACAGCCAUCAUUGUCGCCAACACAGUGAUGUUCAAAAUAAACAUGAGGUAUAUUUCAGCGGAACAAUUCAUUCUCUCUGGCACCUAUCAGUGCGUUGCUGACAAUCCCGGACAUUUGAACAACAUCUGUUGGAUCCUCAUCGGUGUGUGGGAGAUCUUCAUACUGUGUCUUGCAGUCCGGAUUGCUCUAAAGCACUUCCGUGAAUUGGGGCGACACUCGGCGGGAGGUGUUAUUAGGGGCUGUUUCGUGGUGUUAAUGAAAACUCACAUGAGUUACUUUGUGAGCUCUGUUGUAGUUUUAUGCUUGUUCCUCGGUUAUUCUUCGCCAACGAUGCCAAAGGAUCCAUAUUCUCCAACAACCCUGACUUAUUUUGGUUUUCUUGAACUAUUCAGCAUUGUGCAGUCAGCUGUACUGGGACCACGGCUGAUCCUCAGUAUUCGAGAAUAUCACGCGAAGCUCAUGAUCAACUCUGACACAGGAUCUAGCAUGAUCUCAAUUGCUUCCCUAGAUCGCGUGCAUGUAUUAACUAGCAUUAGCGUGUAA